UUAUCUCUACAUGCGGUUUAGUUUGAAAGAAGAAGCUUAGCUGCUAUUACGUUGCACUUGCUGCUCAUUCUUUUCGCAGUUUAUUUUUAUUUUUAUUGAGGCAUCAGGGACGCAUUAUCGCUUCAAUUGAGCAAGUGAAUAUUCUAUCAUAGCCUAUCCAUCUGCAUCAAGGCCUCUGACAUCGCAGGCCUUAGUGGAUGAAGAGAACAGCCAGAGUAACAUCAUUGAUUCUACAAACGAUCUGCUUACUUUCAUUUUUAUUAUAAGUAGAUUGUUUCAAGUCAGACAGAUGAGCUCGUUUUACGACGGAAAAUACCCUAGUGAGUUAGGGUUGGAAGAGGAACUGAAUCAAGUAAACUGCCAAGAUGAGUUGGAGUUUGAUUACUUGUUUGAAUAUGAACCACCUUGCAACAACUUUCCCGGGGAAGAUCAAGUAGAUGAGCCACAUCUCUCCUCACAGAGAGUCCUCAGUCCUGCAUCUGGUCUGGCCUACCCCCUGGAGGAGGCUUCCCCCUACGACAUCAAGUGCAGCGAGCACAACCCAGAGAGCCUCUCUGGUUAUGAACACCUGGAGGCUAAAAACUACCUGGACCACACUAGGCCUGGGGGCAUCGCCCUGAGCCCCAGGAUCGAGAUCACACCGUCGCGUGAGCACUACAGCCAUGGACAAGACUCCCUGCAGAACCACCCUCUGAACAUCAGCCCCCGGCCCACUCUGACCGUCCCGGGCCACGACAGCCUGGCAUACCGCGAGCCCCUGUGCCUGAGCCCAGCCAGCAGCAACUCCUCCACCAGCUGGCACUCGGAGAGCUACUCCCCCUGGGCCUCCCCCUGCGUGUCCCCUAGUAGUGGCCAGACCGGGGCCGGAGACCUCUGCCCCCGCUUCCAGAACAUCCACACCGGCUCCCCCCGCACCUCCCCGGGAACUUCCCCCCGCACCGAGGACGGCUGCCUCGGCCCCCGUUCGCCCUCCCCAUCCAUCAGGCCAGGAUCCCGCUCCACCUCCCCACAGGGCAAGCGCACAUACGACAUGUACAGGAACCCCAGCCUGGUCACCGGGAUCCGCUCCCGCAGUCCCUCCCCCCACGGGGGCCACGGGGAGCACCCCCAACAGAAUGCAGGUGCCCACUACGGGACCCCCAACAGUCUGGCUGAGGCCAUGAACGGCUACGGCACUGUCCAGCCUGAUCUGAUCCCCACCAAGGUAGUGAAGACGGCCAACCAGGCGUACGCCCUCUACCCAGAGAACCACAGGGAGGUGAACUACCUGGUGUCCUGUGAGCAGGACGUUAAGAGUAAAACUGGGGCGGAGUCCUUCUUUGUGAUCCCUCCCAUCUGGACCAAGCAGCUGGUCCCCAACCUCUGCAGCAUCCCAGUGUCUUCUCUGCCCCCUCUGGAAUGGCCUGUCCCCAGCCAUACAGACCAGUACGAGCUCCACGUUGACGUGCAGCCCAAGCCUCACCACCGAGCCCACUAUGAGACAGAGGGGAGCAGGGGAGCGGUCAAAGCCCCCACUGGAGGUCAUCCUGUUGUCCAGUUGCAUGGCUACAGGGGUAAGGAGCCCCUGGGCCUUCAUAUCUUCAUCGGGACUGCAGAUGACAGGGUCCUGAAGCCUCACGCCUUCUACCAGGUUCACCGCAUCACGGGCAAGACGGUCACCACCACCAGCUACGAGAAGAUCAUCAACUCCACCAAGGUCCUGGAGAUCCCUCUGGAGCCCAAGAACAACAUGAAAGCAAUAAUCGACUGUGCUGGGAUCCUGAAGCUCAGGAAUGCUGACAUUGAGCUGAGGAAGGGCGAGACAGACAUCGGACGGAAGAACACUCGUGUGCGUCUGGUGUUCCGUGUCCACAUACCCCAACCCAAUGGGCAACACAUCUCACUGCAAGUGGCCUCCCAUCCAAUCGAGUGCUCCCAGCGGUCGGCCCAUGAGCUGCCAAUGGUGGAGAAACAAGACAUGGAUAGCUGCUCUGUCCUGGGAGGUCAGCAGAUGAUCUUGACGGGACAGAACUUCAGCUCCGACUCCAAAGUCAUCUUUAUGGAGAAAACCCAUGAUGGACAGCAGAUUUGGGAGAUAGAGACAACAGUAGACAAAGAUAAAUGUCAGCCUAGUCUGCUGUUCGUUGAAAUCCCCUCCUAUCGUGACCCGUCUAUCUGCCAUCCUGCCAAAGUGAACUUCUAUGUCAUCAACGGGAAGAGGAAGCGCAGCCAGCCACAGCACUUCACAUUCACCCCACUGGCAGUUCCCUCCAUUAAAACAGAGCCUGUGGAUGACUAUCCUUUCGCAAUGCCCCAGAUCCUAGGUGUUUCCCCGCAGUCCUACUACCACCACAGUCCUGUGGGGAUCAUUCACCCAGACAACGGCCUGGUCUCCAGCAUGGCCUCAUGCCAGCAGGUCAGAUCCGGCCUCCCCACCCCCGGCCCAGACACCCGCUUCCAGCAACAGAGCCCAGCCAUUGUGUACUCCCGCGGGGGCAAGAGUCUGAAUGGCAGCCCCGGAGGGCUCUACCAGCAGACUGGAGGGAUGGGGAUGAUGCCCGACCCACACCGCUCUGUCCUGGUCCACACGGGCUCCCCAGCCCAGCAGCAACACGGAGGGGGCCAGGGCCAACACCCCUCCAUCAUCCAGUUCUCUCCCACCAACCAACACCUGCUCAGGGGAGGCGACCCUCCACCUCUCCAGCCUGACAACCAGCAGCACAUCAUCUACUGUGAUGGCUACCCUCAGCAGGCUGGAGCCCAAGCUCACUCCCCCGUCGCGGCCCACUCCCCCCAGCAUUACCCCACCACGGUGAUCCAGCAGCAGCCCUACGUGCCCAAGGUGGUGCCCAAGGGCAGGUCUUCCCCUGGGGGGAUGGAGGCCCAGAGAUGCCCCCCUGGAGAGGAGCAGAGAGCCAGCCUCCCUGGAGGACAUGUCACGGUCAAGGAGGAGAACCUGGAUCAGAUGUACCUUGAUGACGGUGAGUUAAACGAGAUUAUAAGGAAGGAUCUGACCGGCGUGCAGGCCAGAGGUCAGACUUAGACGACAGGAAACAGGAAGUGGACAGCUGCAGCUCACUCUUCGUCGCCAUGAGAACCUCUUCCUCUUCCCUGUGUGCCCAUCUCCAUAGCAACCCUAUAUCAACCCCAGCCACCAGCAGUUUGGCUGCUCUGCCCGUUUCCUUCAAAUAACUGUUUCUCAGCUAAAAUAUUCUCUGCCUUUUACCCAAUGCCAAAGAAUGUUCUGCCAAAGACAAUCUUCUUAGUUUUCAGGCCCAACAGAAACUAGAUUGUGCCUUGUUUUAUUACUACUUAGGUUUAUGGGAUUCAAAGGGAUGUUUUUUUGUACAAUGAAUAAGAGAGGGUGAAAAUUCAGAAACAAGUCACAAUCAUGGCAGUAGCUGUAACAAUACUUGGUGUUAAACCAAUGGUGGAAAAAGUACCCAUGUCAUACUUAAGUAAAGGUAAAGAUACUGUACCUUAAUAUAAAAUCACUCAAGUAAAAGUGAAAGUCACCCAGUAAAAUAUUACUUGAGUAAAAGUCUAAAAGUAUUUGAUUUUAAAUAUA